AUGAAGGACGAAAAAUUAGUAUGAAAUGAAAACUCAAAUCAGCAUUGGCUGAUUGGUUAUGCUAUCACAAUUAAUUCAGUAAUUGGUGCAGGAUUAUUAAGCAUUCCUUGAGGAUACUAUGAAGCAGGAUGGUCGCUUGGCAUUUUUUCACAAAUUUUAUCAAGUGCAAUUUGUGCUGUGCUAAUUUUUCAGCUGCUUCAAGCAAUAAGUAGAACUGAAGUUUUAUGGAAUAUGAAGGCUAACGGGUACACAAUUAACCCAAUGUCCAUAAGUUCGCUAUUUAGAAAUCAGAGUAGGGAUGAUUAUUUAUUCAAACCAGAAAUGGGGCCAUUCAUUUUAGCCAAAAAUAUUUAUAUAAAAAUAAUGAUUAAUUAAAUAUUUUGUGCAUUAUUUUGCUUAUAACUAAAUGGUGUCUCGAUCUGUGCUGACCUUUGGCUAGCCUUUAGGAAGAUUUUAUUAUAUUCGAAUAGAUUUUCGCACAUUUUAAAAAAAAACUAUCAGCACUCGCUAAGCAAUUUGGUGGUGGUUAGAGGCUAGUCAAAACUUUUAUUACCCCAUGUGAAAGGUGCCACACAUCAGUGCCUAGGACGCUCAGUAGGUAUAUUAGGCAAUUCUCUACUGCGAUACUAGACGUUGCUUCCUGGGCUUGGUGUAUCUAUCUUCUUCGAAAGUUGAUGAGAAGAUUUGAUCUGAAGUCUGAUAUUAGAUUCCCCAUAUUUUGGUGCAUGGCAUAGUAGCCCAAGACUCUCCACUAUUGGCAGCAAGUGCAAUCCUUUGCUUGAAUGGAGCAAGUCCUGUCAAGUUAUGCAAUAGCUUGUAGCCAGUAGGAUGAGCAUAACAAGUAGAGAAUAAGGUUUGGACCCCAACUACAACUUAUCAAUAAUCCUAACUAAUUAGCAUUAUUUUACUUAACUCUUUAUUAUUACUAUUUAUUUAAAAUAGCUUACCAAUAUUUAUAAAAAACGAUUUAAGGACCAGAAAAGAUCGACACAGAAAAUAACUCUUUUAUCGAAGAUAUCGAUAUGGAGCCAAAAUUAAACGAUAGAAAAUUUGAUUUAUGUGAAAUGACUCAAGUUUUACUAGGAAACUUCCAUGCCAAACUAUUUAUGGGAAUUUUACUUGUGCAAUGCAUUGCUAUAUUAACUGGGUAUUGCACUAUCUUUGCUUCAUCAUCAGCAUCAAUUAUUCCAUUAUGGGGAGGCACUUGCAAUAUCUACGAUGACUCAGAUCUGAACGAAUCAUGUAGGUUUAAAUAUUGGGCAUUUUUAGCAAUUUUUGCCUGCUGUGUGAUUUUUUUGACAAUAAUUGGCAUAGUGGAGCAGCUAGCAUUUCAAAUCACUAUGUGUGCUGUGAGAAUAUUAGUCAUCGUGACAAUACACUGCCUUAUUAAUUUUUUUAUAAAAAUAAUUUUUAUAUUAAUUUUUAAUUAAAAAAUAUUUUGAGUGUAGUUGGAACUUCAAUCUAUGCCAUAGCUUCAGAUACAAAACUUGACGACACAGGAAGCAAUGAUGCAGAUCCAGAUAUUGUAAACCCUUGAAGGCUAGGUCUCUGCUUUCCAAUUAUUGUUAUGGCUUUAUUUUUCCAUAAUACAAUACCUACAACUACACAGCAUGUCAGAGAUAAGCCAAAAAGCAUCCCAUUAAUUGCUUGAACUGUUUUGAUAACAACUAGUCUCUUUUAUUUAUCAAUUGGCUUAAUUGUGCCUUUUGCAGCAGAUGAAGUAGAAAAAAUGGUCAGUUUAAAUUGGACAGAUUAUUCUGCAGGCGAAGAUCCUGAUAAGCGAUCAUGGUGGGCUUAUGUUAUGUACUACUUUCAUAUAUAAACCCCCUAUUUAUUUUCUUCCUAUAUUAGAUUUUUAUUUUAAAAUAUUCUGGCUAUUAAUAAAUUAAAAUUUUCCCAGGUAAAUUUCUAUAUCUUAUUUUGUCCUUUUACUACCUGCUUUUGAUGUUAUGUCAAUUUUUCCAAUUAUUGCAAUUAAUUGCUCAGAUAACCUUAUGUCAUUAAAGUAUGGCCAUUUUGGUGAUGAAGAAAUUAGUAAGAAACAUUGAGUUUUGUAUAGAUUGGCUGUUGCAAUUCCACCUAUAUUAAUUGCACUUUUUGUGUAUGAUUUAAGCUAUAUUUCAGAGAUUACUGGAUCAUUAAUGUUUUUAAGCUUAGGGGUAUAUAUUCCACUAUUUUGUUUAGUUACAAAAAGAUUAGUAGAUAGACCGAGCCCAUAUGAUGGCUGGUUCUCUUCUGAUAGAAGUGCAUGGGCGAUGAUUUUGUUUACACUUUAUUUAUUUAUAGCUAUUUGGGUGCUGAUUUUAAUUUAUGUUAUUACGGAAUAG